AUGGUGCAGAUGGCGAAAGCACUCGUCGGCACUGGCGCGGCGCUGUCGCCGCGAGCGUUGGCCAAGCUGCAGGUGCAAGUGCAGGCCAUGGUGCGCUGUCUCAACUGCCCCGGCGGACCUUGGGAUGUGGGUGUUAUGCUUACGACAGACACGCAUGUGCAGAAGCUUAAUCGCAGAUUCCGCAAGAAGGACAAGCCCACGGAUAUCCUAUCUUUCCCUUUCCACAAAGUGCGCGCGCCCGGGCGAUUCCCGCGUAUAAGGGCCCGGGAGGAGCGAUACCUAGGAGACAUCUACAUCAGCCCGGCAUACGUGCAGCGUCAGUGCGAAGAUCCGCAGCUCGAAGAGAUCACAACGCUGGAAGAGCGACUACCGGUGCUAAUGGCACACGGACUCUGCCACUUGUUGGGGUAA